AAUUUGUCUCCAACGAGCCUGCCUUUCUCCGGGGUUUCUGUUGAGAAGUUGAGAUUCGCGCUCCAGUUCUCGCUGCUCUCUCUCUAGGUUUUGGAGCAAGGGUUCUUCGAUUCUUCGUUCCAGAUCGGUUGAAUCGCUCGAAGAUGGCCGAAUCCAAGUACGAGUCCGAAGAAAUCAGCCAGGAAGGGGGAAGGCCGAAGCUCAAGUACCUGGACUUCGUGCACGUGGCGGCGAUGCAGGCGGUGGUUUGCUUGGCGAGCCUCUACGACUUCGCCAGGGAGAACUCUGGCCCGCUGAAGCCCGGCGUCCAGACCGUUGAGGGCACCGUCAAGACCGUCAUCGGCCCCGUCUACGAUAAGUUCCACGAUGUCCCCCUCGAGCUUCUCAAGUUCGUCGAUCGCAAGGUUGCCGACUCGGUGCGGGAGCUGCAGCGGCACGUGCCAUCCCCGGUGAAGUCGGCGUCGGCCCAGGCGUACACGGCGGCCCAGAAGGCUCCGCAGGUGGCGCGGUGCGUCGCCGGCGAGGUCCAGCGUUCCGGGAUGGUGGCAACGGCGGCCGGGAUGGUGAGGGCGUGCUGCAAGCGGUUCGAGCCGGCGGCCAGCCAGCUGUACAAGAAGUACGAACCGGUGGCCGAGAAGUACGCUGUGGCCGCGUGGCGGUCACUGAACCGUCUCCCGCUGUUCCCCCAGGUGGCGCAGAUCGGGAUCCCCUGGGCGGCGUACUGGUCGGAGAAGUACAAUCGGGCGGUGGGGUGCGCAGCGGAGCGGGGGUACGCAGUGGCGCAGUGCAUGCCUCUCGUCCCCACGGAGAGGAUCGCCAAGGUGUUCGGGGACGGGUCGCCGGAGUCGCCCUCGGGGAGCAGCAAGCCGGCGCCGCCGGUGGCUGCCGCGGCGGCGGAGUGUGGUUGACGGUGGUGCGUGGGAAUGUGGACUUGAUAACGACGGCAACCUCUGAAGACGUUUGAUGUAAAAACCAAGUUAUUAGAAAAACCUUAGAAUUUUGUUUUCUUUUGUUGCGUUCUUGUGUUGGUAGUGAGCGCUGGGUCUGUGAGUACGAUGGAUGGGGUUCCUGUACAGGGUUUUUAAUGUUUUAGCUUCAUCUAAACGUUAUUGUGCAGGCUUAAACCACUAAUAUUGUGAUCGAAUCGAACAUUUUGGCGAAGAAGCGUUUAAUUGAAGGGAUGGUGUUCAA